AAAGGGGGGGGUGUGGGACAGGCUACGUCGUAUACGUAAGGUAGGUAUAUUGGUAUUUCUAUAUAAGUUCUUGAUAGCUUCAAGACGGAUCCACUGCAUCUGCAUGCCUAAUUUAGAGGUUGUAAAUUUGUGGGUUUUGUUUCAAAAUCUCAAUUGUUCAUGGUUUUCUGGUUUGUGGGUGUGUCAACACCAAGUGUUCGAUCAUUUGUUUGAGAGAGGUGAAUAGUUUGUCGUCAGAAAUCCAACCCAUUUCUCAAGAUUUUGUUGGGUGAUUGGAAGAUUUUUGUGGUAAUGCAAGUGGUGAGGGUGUUCUUUUUUGAGAGAAAUAAGAUCAUUUAAUUGAAAAUUGUACAAUCAAAUGGAUGCAAAAACACCAUUGUUGUCAAGUGAGGAAGAUUCAAAUCACAUAAGAAGGCAUAGACGUACUUCAGUUACUAGCCUGAGAGGUGAUUUCCUUUCAAACUUACCCGACAAAGUCCGGCGUGGCCUUGACCCUGAGUCUCCAUUCCAGGUUGACCUUUCAAAAACUACUGGACUUAUAGAAGGGGAGAAAGAAUACUAUGAAAAGCAAUUUGCAGCUUUGAAGUCUUUUGAGGAAGUUGAUUCUUUACGUUCAACCAAUAUCGUUGAUAAUGAAGAGCAAGAGUUGAUAGAACAAGCUCAACACGAAAGAGCAAUCAACAUUUCUAAUUGGGCAAACAUCUUUCUACUUGCACUUAAGCUUUAUGCAACAGUACAAAGUGGAUCCUUGGCGAUUGCAGCAUCAACACUGGAUUCAUUGCUUGAUCUCAUGGCAGGCGGUAUUCUAUGGUUCACUCACCGGUCAAUGAAAAGUAUCAACAUCUACAAAUACCCUAUCGGAAAAUUGCGACUCCAACCUGUUGGCAUCAUCAUAUUUGCAGCAAUUAUGGCUACUCUUGGAUUUCAGGUGCUGAUACAGGCAGUGGAGCAGUUAAUUAAGAAUUCACCAUCUGAGAAGAUGAAAGAUUUUCAGUUGAUUUGGUUGUAUGCAAUCAUGCUGACUGCUACAGGCGUGAAACUGAUACUUUAUAUAUACUGCAGAAGCUCCGGUGACAAGAUUGUUCGAGCUUAUGCCAAGGACCACUAUUUUGAUGUGGUGACAAAUGUGGUUGGUUUAGUUGCUGCUGUACUUGGUGAUGAGUUCUACUGGUGGAUUGAUCCUGCUGGUGCCAUACUUCUUGCUGUCUACACAAUUAGCAAUUGGUCUGCAACUGUCAUGGAAAAUGCAGUUUCACUAGUUGGGCAAUCGGCACCUCCUGAUUUUCUGCAGACACUUACAUAUCUAGUCCUAAGGCACCAUCCUAAAAUCAGCCGUGUGGACACCGUUCGUGCAUACACAUUUGGCGUCCUCUAUUUUGUUGAGGUUGACAUAGAAUUGCCUGAAGAUUUGCCACUGAAAGAAGCCCAUGGAAUCGGGGAGUCGCUUCAGAUCAAGAUAGAAGAACUACCAGAAGUGGAGCGAGCAUUCGUUCAUCUUGAUUACGAGUGUGAUCACAAACCAGAGCACUCUGUUCUUAGCAGACUUCCCAACACCCAGCCUUGAAAUCCAUAUCAUAUGCUUGUAUUAGCAUAGUUUGUAGUUGCUUGAAUUUAGUCUAGGUUCUUCGGUCUUUUGGGGGAAAAUGUUUGAUGUGAGAUGAGCAUCUUUGCUCGAGUGUAGUCUGAAGUUCGCAAACAACAUAUCUACUCUGGUUUAUCAUGGGCUCGUUUACCAAAUGCUUACCGUAUAAGCACUCAUCUUGCCGAAUUAACAUAGCAAGGGUCGAGAAUCUUACCGACCCUGUCAAAAGCAAGGCAAUGAACGAGAGCCGUGUCUC